AUGCCGACGAACGCCCAGCUACGAGCCGAGAUCGACCGGCUGAAUCAAGCGAUGGCAGAGCGCACGCGAGUGCCCACCAAUCUGCCCAAGUUCACCGGCAAGCGGGGGGGGGAAGACGUUCGCGAAUGGCUGUUCCAGAUCGAGAACGCCUGUCGCAUCAACGGAAUCCAAAUCGAAGACGCGAGCGCGCGUCUGCCGGGUAUCGCCGGGUCGGCGAUGGAAAAGCCGGCCUCAGGAUGGUUCCUGCACUGGUCAUCGACGACGAGAAGUGAGGAGCACACGUGGGGGCUUUUCCGUGAGCAUGUGCUCCAACACUUCGAAGCUUCGAACUACCAGGCCGUCUUGCGAGAAAAGCUGCAGCGACUCAAGCAAACGGCGGACAUCGAGACCUACAACGGCGAGUACUCUGCUCUUAUCUUCCGAGUUGAGGGCAUGAGUGUACUUGGCCAGGUGCUAAGCUACGCAAACGGUCUCAAGCCUCGUACCCGUAGCUACGUCAAGCUCGAGAACCCAGAGACGCUGAGCGCGGCUAUGGACCUGGCGAUCAAGUACGAAGUUACACACUUUGUGGACGACGUGCGCGACCGUCAGUCCCGCCAAGACAAGAGGAAGAUCUUCGCUGAUCAAGCUCCCAAGCAAGACAAGCCAUUCAAAGGGAAACCUUUCCGCGGCAAGGGACGGUUCAAGCCGAGGUCUGACUCCAAACGUACUGAUGACCGCACCUGCUAUCACUGCAAGAAGCCUGGCCACAUCAAGGCCAACUGCUUCCUCUGGAAGAAGGAGAAAGAUAAGCAGGGAAACGAGCAACCACGUCAGUGA